GAGGCUUCCCCCAGUCCCUGCUCGGCGUCACUGGAAUGAUGGGCACACGAAAACAAACUUCCAUCGGAGCACGAGAGAAAGGGAAGUGCAGCAGUAAAGUUAACCUAAUGUUGCUGAGGCGCGUGCUGGCAUGCCAAGGAAAUGCAUGGAAGGAAUCUUGGACAAAUCGUCUUCCUACAAAUCUAACUUAAAACUCAAUAAACCCCCCUCUGUUAUUGAUUCCUGAAUGAGAACAGUUGUUUUAAAGCUAGUUUUUGAUGUAUUUCACGUGUAUUUUAUGUAAUUCCCUGUAUCUGGUAUCUGUGCUGCUCCCUCAUCCUCCCCUAAGCAAGUUUUCUAACGUAUUUCCAAGGAAAAUAAGAAUAAUGGAGCUGGUACCCUGUGUUGCAGUUUUAAAAUGCAGAUUUCUCCAUCCCUCAGAGGAUGGUUUCUGAUCUACAGUGCCCAGGCUUCUGCUUCCCUGCCUGAGAUAGGAGCCAAGAAGAAAAGGAAAGAGCAUUCAGCAGCAGCAAGUGCCAAGCGUUUCCCUGCUCCUGUGCUCAUUGAGCCAGGGAUCAGAUCCCAGCGUGGGAUGAGAGCUGCUGCACCGCUGAAUCCCCUCCUGAAACACAGGCUUUAAAGGACUAAAAGGAGUUGUGUAACUCUCAGCAUGAACAUAAAGAACUUCUCUUCAUUGCAGUUGCCUUCUCCCACUUGAGCGAAUGGGAAACUGAACUUUUCUGUUGGAAAUGCUCCCAAGGAUGAAGCUGGCAAACCAGCAGCGGGGAAGUGAGAGUGCUCCGUGCAUGCAGCCACAGUUCAGGACAAGGUGCCUGUCUGCAUCCCUCUGUGACCAGCUCUUCAGUUUAAAGACUAACUCCUUCCCUCCCCUUCUCUUCCCCUACAAGAAACGUUUCCUUCCCCGUUGCUUUUAAUAGCUAAGCCAUGCAAUAGCAACGCUAUUGAAACUCAGUCUACUGAAUAACAACUUAAUGAUGGGACCCCUGUUCUAUUCCUUUUGAACGGCUGCUUCAGCGGGAUCUGCUCCCUGCUGGGAGGAAGCUGAGGGUGGAGAAACCUGGACUGAAGCUGAAUGGCAACCAGAGUGCUGGAAAACUGAACCAGAAGGCAAGAAUGAGGUCAAUGCUGCGAGUCUGAAACCAGGAGACGUUCUAUGCAGUUAAGCUAAGUUCAAGAACUAACAGAGAGCACUUGGGGUGUAAUUGGAGCACCUCGGAAUAGAUGCAAGAAGAAGACUUUGUGCUGGGUAAAGCUGCCUUGGAGAGCCAUGGCUGUCGCCCCUCAUCUCAACUCGGAUGCACUCCGAGAGGUCCUGGAGUGCCCCAUUUGCAUGGAGUCCUUCACUGAGGAGCACCUGAGACCCAAGCUCUUACACUGCGGGCACACCAUCUGCAAACAGUGCUUGGAGAAGCUCCUGGCAAACAGCAUUAAUGGGAUCCGGUGCCCCUUCUGCAGCAAAAUCACACGGAUCACAAGCUUAGCUCAGAUGACUGACAACCUGACUGUGCUGAAAAUCAUAGACACCGCUGGACUGGGGGAAGCAGUGGGUCUUCUCAUGUGCAAGGUCUGUGGGAGAAGGUUGCCAAGACACUUCUGCAAGAGCUGCAGCUUGGUUUUAUGUGAGCCCUGCAAGGAGUCAUCACACAUGCCUCAAGGACAUAGAGUUGUUGCUAUCAAAGAGGCUGCUGAAGAGCGUAGGAGGGAAUUUGGGACGAGGCUUGCCAGACUUCGGGAGCUCAUGGGUGAUCUGCAGAAAAGAAAAGCGUCUCUGGAAGGUGUUUCAAGAGACCUGCAGUCUAGAUACAAAGCAGUUCUGCAAGAUUACAGCAAAGAAGAGCGCAAGAUCCAGGAGGAGCUGGUCAGGUCACGCAAGUUCUUCACCAGCUCUUUGUCAGAAGUGGAGAAGGUAAAUAAUCAGGUCAUGGAGGAGCAAGCUUAUCUGCUGAACUUAGCAGAAGUGCAGAUCAUGUCUCGCUGCGACUAUUUCCUUGCCAAAAUCAAGCAGGGAGAUAUAGCCCUCUUAGAGGAGGCAGCAGACGAGGAAGAACCAGAACUGACAAACAGUCUUCCAAGGGAGUUGACUCUUCAAGAGGUUGAACUCCUGAAGGUGAGCCAUGUGGGACCACUGCAGAUCGGGCAGGUGGUGAAGAAGCCCCGCACUGUUAACGUGGAGGAAUCCCUCAUGGAAACUGCAGCAUCCUCAUCAGCAUCAUUCAGGGAGCCCGAGUUGGUGCAAGAGGAGCCCAGCUGCACACCCAGUUCCUCCCCAGCCAAGCCAAGGAUGCCUGAAGCAGCCACGAGCAUCCAGCAGUGUCACUUCAUCAGGAAGAUGGGCUCCAAGGGCAGCCUGCCAGGGAUGUUUAACCUCCCUGUGAGCCUACAUGUCACCCUGCAGGGUGAAGUGCUUGUUGCAGACAGAGGCAACUUCCGAAUCCAGGUUUUUACCCGCAAGGGCUUCCUAAAGGAGAUCCGCCGGAGCCCCAGCGGAAUCGACAGCUUUGUGUUGAGUUUCCUUGGAGCAGACUUACCCAAUUUGACACCCCUUUCUGUCACCAUGAACUGCCACGGCCUCAUAGGUGUGACCGACAGCUACGAUAACUCUUUCAAGGUCUACACCAUGGAUGGCCAUUGCGUGGCGUGUCACCGGAGCCAGCUAAGCAAGCCCUGGGGCAUCGCUGCUCUUCCUUCGGGCCAGUUUGUAGUGACUGAUGUGGAAGGAGGCAAACUCUGGUGUUUCACAGUGGACCGUGGCGUGGGGGUAGUGAAGUACAGCUGCUUAUGUAGUGCAGUGCGCCCCAAGUUUGUCACCUGCGAUGCUGAAGGGACCAUAUACUUUACCCAAGGGCUAGGGCUUAACCUGGAGAACCGGCAGUACGAGCACCAUUUAGAAGGAGGCUUUUCAAUUGGCUCUGUUGGCCCAGAUGGGCAGCUGGGGCGCCAGAUUAGCCACUUCUUCUCUGAGAAUGAGGAUUUCAGGUGCAUUGCUGGGAUGUGCGUAGAUGCCAGGGGAGACCUCAUUGUUGCUGACAGCAGCCGUAAAGAAAUCCUGCAUUUUCCUAAAGGAGGGGGCUAUAACAUCUUAAUCCGGGAAGGACUCAUCUGCCCAGUUGGUAUUGCCAUUACUCCCAAAGGGCAGUUGCUGGUGCUGGACUGUUGGGAUCAUUGCAUUAAGAUCUACAGUUACCACCUGAGAAGAUAUUCCACCCCUUAAAGCAUGUCUCUAAGCAGAGAUUCUUCCAGCCUCAUUGCAAUCUGGCAGGAGCCAGUGUCAAGCAUUCAGGAAGACGGUGCCAUAACCAAAGGGGGGGUCAACGUAGAGGCCGCUGUGUUUUGUGUUUAGAAACAAAAUAGCCUAUGUGGUGGUGGUCUGCUUCUUCUUCUUCUGUUUUAUAUAUAAAAUCCAUACAAUAAAAAACAAGUGCCAAGGGAAAGGAUCCAUCCUGGAGUAUUGGUUCCUUGUUAAAUGACUGGUCACUCCAUAAACCUUCUCACCUCCUUACGCCACAUCACCUGCACUACCAGCUUCAGCCGUUGUAUCUUUGUGCCAUAAACACUGACUGCUCUAAAUCGUCUUCCCUUAGAGAACCAGAGAGGCAGUCCUUGCUGUGGAACUCACAAGGAACUGGGUAACAGUUGUCUGGGCAACUACCUGGGAAAGCAGUUUCUGAUUGCAGCGCUGCAUCAACUGAAAUAGCCCUCUUAAACUGCGUGGAGAUGGAGCUGUGCUUUCAGACUGACAAGGGAGGGGUUUCUCUCUCUGUUUUUUGGGUAUUCAGGAGAUCACCCCUGUGGUGCCGUUGGUGAACCGUGUCUGUUCAACAUCAAGUGAGUAGUGGGCAACUGUGGGAGGCUGAGCUGAGCCACAGAACUGCCCUCUCUGGUGGCAGCAGGGUUUUUAUUACUACUGAGAGUUCUGUUAGGUAGAAGGGGAUAAAAGGGGAGGGGGCUGGAGGAAAAAAUAUAAGGGGGGAGGGAACCUAUGGUUGAUAUUUACUGUUUUCUUGUUAAAUGUAUCCUGGAAACUGGCUUUGGAAGGUAUGUCUGGUAUCUAAAGCUUUACUGGGAGGUGGUGGGAAAGGGCUGGGGAAAUACGUCUGUAGUAAAUGAGAUUCAAUGGAACAUCCUGUACAUUCACCUGCACUUCAUUAUUCUGCAUUCCAGACUCUUCCAUUUAGCAAUAGGCUUCCACUUCAUCUGCACUUUAUACCUGCAAGCUGCUCACUGCCAAGAUGAGGAGGGGAGGGGGGGCUGUUUUCUUUCUUUAAUACUUGGAACCACAUCCAUUGAUGUACUGCUUUUUUUUCUCCUCCUUGCACAGCAAAACACUACAUUCCUCACAUACAUUUUGUUACAGCACCAGCAGGCUCCAGAGUUCAUGUUCAUCACGGCUUUGGGCCAAAUGAAGCACAAAACUGCAGCUGUGUGAACCAAAGCCCCCACAGUGCUACUCUCCUGGCUGAUAAAUGUGUACCUCAGUGUGGUGCUGCUUGCCCAGAAUAGCUUAUUGAAGGAAAGAUGCAUUUAAAUAGGGCGCAGUGGUAGCAUGUUAAUCUGCCACAGAUAAUAGUUACACUGCAGCGUGUUUAUUUGCUGCUAUCAACAAUGUAGUUGCAAAUUCGGGGGCAUGACAGACAAUCUAAAAGCUGAUUUUAUGGUGGCUGCCAUGCUACAGCAAAUUGUUUGCUACUUGUGCUACAACAUGGAUGCAACAAGUGAUUCUUUUUAAGCUCCCAUAUACUUUCCCCUAAUGAAACAGCAAAGUUAAGUCGGCUUCAGAGGCACUGCAAGCUCCAGCCUGUUGUUUGGCACUCACAAGGUUUGUAGAAGAAGUGGUGGGAGCAGAUUUUAGUGGGGUUUUCUUUUCCUCUCCCUGUUCUGCUCAGCCAAAGCACUGAAGAGGCCCAGCACAGCACACACCCAGCUGAUGGGGGUGCCCCUCCAUCAGGGAAUCUUCCUAUUUCUCUUACUAUAACAGGAUGGAAAGAGGUUGUGGAGAAGGGAGCAGGAGCUAAGACACUCCCAUGGGAGAUGGUGCUGAGGGAGCCCAUGGGAACUGAACCCUUCAUGCACUACAGGGGCAGGACGAGGGGGAAUGGGUUUAAACAUAAAUAGGGGAGACUGAGAUGAGCUCUUAGGCAGAAGCUCUUCCCUGUGAGGGUGCUGAGGCGCUGGCACAGGGUGCCCAGAGAAGCUGUGGCUGCCCCAUCCCUGGCAGUGCUCAAGGCCAGGUUGGACACAGGGGCUUGGAGCAAGCUGCUCUAGUGGAAGGUGUCCCUGCCUGUGGCAGGGGGCUGGAGCGGGAUGAGCUUUAAGAUCUCUUCCAAUACAAACCAGGCUGGGAUUCUAUAAUUCUAUGAUAACCUCCCCUUUUUCCUGCACUGCUCCUGCAUUUGCUGAAGCUGCCAACUUGCACAUCAGUAUUCACAUUCUCUGCUUCUCUUUUUGGGGUGGGAGGGGCAGUUGCCUGAGGUAUGUUACAGCAAUAUGGGGAGCUGAUCUCACCUUGCAUGUAUGUUUUGGGGACAUGACAACUAUUACCAGGCCUUUCUGCAGUUAAUUACGUUGUAACUCAAGGCGUUUUUUCCAGUGUUACAGCAAUAGCAGUUCCUCUCCUACUGAUCUCUUUUCAACAUUUCUCCUGUUUCCAAGAACUGCUCCAAGCAGGAAGCUACAAUGGACCUGAAUAAUUGAAGCAAUAUUAUCUAUGCUAAUAUGUACCUCUGUCAUUUUCUGUCCGCAUGGAUCUAUUUAAGCUUUUUUUUUUGCAAUAAACAUCACAGUACCAGCAAUAACAGCUCCUGGAGUGCUUGAAGGGACAGAAAAGCUGGUCCAGUAAACUGAGCAGUUGGUUCCUCCAGCCUGUUCCUGGUUAUACAGUUCAAACAAAAGCAUCGUCUGUCAUCUGUUUCUCGCUCAGAUGAUCCAAGAGAAAUCACACCACCCUGCAAGGCACUGCUGGGGCAGGACACUGUGAUUGGCACCUCGGGGUGCUAUGUGUCGCCUGCAGCUCUUUGUCUGCUCUUGGCUUUCAGGCGGAAAAGAGGUAAAAGGAGGACCUGAAAACCUGUUGUUCCUCCCGCAGGGUACACACAUCCCCUGCUAGAACACAACAGUGACCGUGAGGGGGUUUUGCAGAGCUGUAUUUCUCACCCUGGUUCCCUCCCCUCCAGUGUUGUGAUCAUUUGCCAAGCAACAUGAACUGGAAUCAUUAAGGAGCGUGAUGAAAUAGUUUGGCUUCUGCUUUCUACCUGGAGAAAGAGCUUGUCUGGUCGUACGUAUGUAUUUGGGCUUUAAAGAUUGUGUAAUAAAGGAGAAAUUGAUCCAAUUAAAAGCG